AUGGCGCAAAUGCUUAACAAGACUAAUCCAACUUCAAGCAAUAAGGCGGCAAAUGACUACAUGCCAAUUAGAGUAUUAACCACCAUGAGCCAAGACUGGGUCAUAAAAGGCCGUAUCACAAUGAAAUCAGCAAUAAAAAAUUUUAGUGGAAAUCGCCCGGGAAAAAUGUUUUCGAUUAUUAUUAUCGACCAUGAAGGCACCGAAAUAGAAGGCACAUUUUUUAAUGAAGGAGUCGACUUAUUUUUUGAUACCAUUGAGCAGGGGAAAACUUAUUUGUUUUCAGGAGGAUAUGUCAAGCUAGCAAGUCAGCAAUACAGAAAAGUAAACAACGACUAUCAAAUUUCUUUUGAUAAGAAAUCAGCAAUUGUUCAAACCCAAGACAACGGAGAAAUAGCAGCAGCCAAGCUAACCUUAGUCCCACUAUCAGAAUUAAAAAACUUGCCAGACAAAAGGACUGUAGAUGUAUGCGGCGUCAUUGUCGAGGUUUCUGAUAUGGCUGAAUUUACAUCCAAAAAAGGUGAUAACUUAGUCAAAAGAAACAUCAAAAUCAUGGAUCAAAGCAUGGCGAUGGUUGAUUUAGCCCUUUGGGGAGAUGAUGCCACGAAGGCAGACUGAAAUGUUAUCGAUUUAGAGGCUUUUCCUGUCGUGGUGGCUGCAAAAGUAAGAAUUUCGCAUUUUGAUGGGAUUUCCCUCACCACUGAUAGAGGAAUUUCUCGUGUUUUAAUAGACCCUGAUGAUUAUCUUGCCAUUGUCAGAGACUUAAAAGAAUGGAAAAGAAAUCCUCGAGAUUCUGAAAUUCUAGCAGAAAAUCUCACAGUAAAAAGCGAGAAAAAGUCCUCAAGGCAAUUAAAAACAAUUAAAGAAAUCAAAGAAUAUUGGGAAAAUGCUGACCCCAGCACGAAAGAAGCAUUCUACAACGUAAGAGCUUUUGUUGGAUUUAUUAAAAGAGACGACAGACAAAGCAUGACUUACGAAUCGUGCAUAAAUAAAGAUAAGUGCAAGAAAAAGGCCAUUUUAGACUCUGAUGGACUUUAUCACUGCAGUUCCUGCAAUAAAGCGUUUAAUAAGCCUAUACCAAGAUAUAUACUGACCUUAAGGAUUCACGACUCAACUGAAAGCGCUUAUGUUACAGCUUUCGAUGAUACUGCAGCCCAAUUACUGAAAAUUUCAGCUGAAGAUUUAAUGGAAAUGAUGGCUAUUGAUGAAAUUGGCUUUGAUAAUGUGGUUUCCAAUGCUUUGCAAAAAGAGUGGGCUUUUACCAUCAAAGCACAGUCAAAUUCAAGUGACAGAGGUGGAGCAAGGAUGAAAUUGGUGCUGGCUUCGGUUAGAGAAGUUAAUAAAAUGGAAGCUGCAGAUAGGAUUUUAGAAGAAAUCACCCAAGCAAUUCAUGGCAAUAAUUAA